AUGUCUGUCUUGGGCGAAACCCAAGAUACAAAUCCAGAGGCUGUCAACCUCGACCUCGUCGAAGAUAUGGUGCGCAGUCAGCUCAUCGAACUCGACGUUUUUGGUCAAAGAGCAUUCAGACAUGAGUGGCUGAAGCAAGGAGUGUAUAACACUAAAGCGCGGACACUCGGACGACUCUGCAACCUUGUAAGGUAUUUUACUGUCACGCGAUCGACAUUCUUGCGGGUAUGGGUGCAGUUACUGGUACUGCUGGAGCAUCAGGAAGUCCUCGUACCACAGAUAUCGGAUGGUGCGCUCGUUUCGUGGGCUGGAUUUGCUGCGCAUCUGUUCAGAACGCAGACGGUCACCAUGAGUCUGGCCGGUUCAUCCUUACCAGAAUUAGACUCAUCAUCAGCUGCUUCGCCCUCUGACCUAGACCCAGAUCCAGCAUUCUCAUACAAGUCCUAUGUGCUUCCAUUACAGUUGAAGGAGAAGGUAGCUGAUAUGAUAUCCCGUAGACUAAUGUUAGCAUUAAUUAACGCGAUUAGCCCCAAGUCAUUCUUCUUGCAGGAGGAAACACGCCUUUCCGAAACGACACAAAUCGCGAGCUACCAUUUCGCCAAGAGUCUAAUUUCUACUACCUCACAGGAUGCUCUGUGCCUGGAUCGUUCUUUCUCGCUUUGUACAGCUCCAGGGUGCAUGAGACAGUCAUGCGCGUUGAUUGAGAAAGAGGCGGAGGUGGAGGAGAUCUUCGUUGUGUCGUGCCGGCGUGAAGGGGCCGUUCAUCAAGCAUAUCUCCCUAUCGUCGCUGCCUCCAGGAGAGCAGCUACGUUACACUACUGCUGUAAUGACCGAGAGUUCACUACUGAAGUACUGAUCCAGAGCAUCGCAAAUGGCCCCUCAACCCGCAGCGCGUUGCGACCUAGUCCUUUAAGCAGGAUUGGAUCAUCCGUGCGGGAGACUGUUGGCUGCCUCAACUCCAACUUCACUCAGGGCACCGAGUGCCGAGUACCUUGA